AUGAGCUUCGUCACGAGAUUCUUCAGCAAGGGGGACAAGGACGGAGUGGAGGUGACAACCCUCCAGCUCGACUCUCCUCAGCAGCAGGACCCACCCUGCGAGUGUGACGACGAAGACUACAUGACGCUUGCCGACGCCUAUAUUUCUGACACAGUGGAGGAUAAUAGGCAUGCUGCGCAACGCCUAUUGCGGCUUCAGAUGCACAAGACCAAGCAAGUGCAGGUCAAGAGCUUCAAGGCUGGACAGUAG